UAAAAAACGCAGACAUGGAUUCCUCUCGGUCUUCUAUCUAAUUCCAGGUUAGACCUUUCUGUUUUCGAAUAGCGAAGUGGCGGACGGACGAGAGUGUACUCGGCAAAAUGUAAUUAACCUCCGUAUGAAUUGAAAUUCAAACUUCCUCUCAUCCGAACACUGGUAUCGUAAUGACCUUAUCGAGUACCGAUACGGAGAAAGAAAUUGAGGAUCCUGUCGAGCGGAUGCUGAAGAAAACCGGUUGCAUAGAAUUGCACUACCAGGUUCAAGAAUGCAUAGCCGAGCACCAAGACUGGAGAAAGUGUCAGAAUGAGGUGAAAAGGUUCAAGGAGUGCAUGGCUAAACACACAGAGCAACAGGUAUCGAGACCUCAGUAACAAUUGCGCAGUU